UUCCCAUAAACUCGAUGUAUACGCAUACCACUUACAGUGCAGCCGCGUCAGAUGCGGUUUCCGCGGGAAAAUGUCGCCGACAAGGGCGGUAGCGAGCACGCUUCUCAAUGAACUGCGCCAACCGAUGGGAGAGGAGAUUAACGAGGGCGAUGCAGAGGAAGAGCAUGAGACGUGGAGCAUAAGUCCAAGGGCGAUAAGAUCGUCGCCGCGCGCCGUAUGUGCGAGUGAAAGCGCGCGGGGACGCGCACCUUCACGGAGAGCGAACGCACAGAGAGCAAACGCGACUUCCAUCGCGCGAAAGGCCGUGGGGGUGUGGGAGAGAGGGAGGGGUCGACGCUGUGCUGCAGACGGACGCAACGGACGCAAGCUUUCGUAUGGUGGCGUACGCAGUUUUUUUUUUUUUUUCUUUCGUUUAGUGCUACGCCGCGCUUCCGUAUGGUGGCUAGCCACCAUACUUCGUGCAGGGCGACCCGAUCUGAAAAGAAAAGCCGGAUCGCCAUCGCUAUCACAGGCGGCUGCGCGCUGCUGCUGCAUGCGUCUGUUCAGUGUUCACUGCUGCUGCUGCCCUGUGCGUUUUGGAUAACUGCAACAGCGCUGCAACAUGGACUGCCUGAACGUGACGGACGCAAGUUUAGUGCGCGUAGAAAGACAGAAGCGUCCGCUGUUCGACAUGUCGCGAAAACGGAAGGCCCUUUCGUUUAAGGAGAAAAUUGAAAUCCUCAAGAAGGUCGACGAAAACCCGAAGAAGAAACGUGUCGAGUUGGCAAAGGAGCUAGGCAUAGCACCGUCGACGCUGUGUACCAUUGUUGGGCAGCGAGACGUUGUGAUGAAGAAUGCCCAGCACUUCGGCGUGAACGUCAAACAGGCGAAGACAGCCACGCACGUGAAGCUGGAAGAGGUCCUGCUGACAUGGUUUGCCGAAGUCACAGCGGCCGGCGUCAACGUGGACGGCAAGGUGCUCCGCGAGAAGGCGGACAACAUUGCGCUUUCACUUGGAAUUGAAAAUUUCCAAGCUUCCGGGGGAUGGCUGCAUCGUUUUAAAGAAAGGCAUGGACUUGUUUAUAGAGUCGUUUGCGGUGAAGGAAAGAAAGUGGAUCAGUCAGCUGUCAGCGACUGGCUGAACACGUUGCCGGCGCUGAUUUCGGACUAUGCACCGCGCGACAUAUUUAAUGCUGACAAAGCGGGCCUCUUUUUCAAUUUGCAACCGGAGAGGAGCUCGUGUGUGAAGGGCCAGGCUUGCCAGGGCGGCCAAAAAAGUAAGGAGAGAAUCACCGUGCUUUUUUGUGUUAAUGCCGACGGCUCCGAGAAAAUGCAGCUUACCGUCAUAGGCAAGUCUAAACAGCCGAGGUGCUUUCGAUUGGCAGGACGUUUACCUUGUUUGUACGAGGGAAACAAGAAAGCGUGGAUGACCGCAGAAUUUUUCCGCGAGUUCCUCACGAUCCUGGAUCGGAAAAUGGCAGCGAAAAACCGAAAGAUUUUGCUUUUUGUGGAUCAGUGUUCCGCCCACCCAAAGGAAACGACAUUUAACAACGUCACCGUAAGAUUCCUGCCUGCAAACACGACGAGCCAUUUGCAGCCACUGGACGCGGGAAUAAUUCGCAACGUGAAGCAUCACUUCAAAGGACUUUUAGUGAGGCGUCUCCUGGCAAAGAUUCAUCGCAAAAGAUGAGAAUUUGCACAUCAGUCUACUCGAUGCGUUGCACUUUUUGGCCAUGUCAUGGGAUAAUGUGACCUCGGACACCAUCGCAAACUGUUUUCGCAAAUGUGGAUUUAAAACUGGACCGGACGCAGCUCCGACAGGAGAUAGUGAAGAGCCCGAUGAGGACUUUGGAAUUGAAGGCUGGGGGAGUCUGCAAACUCAAGCUUCCGUUCACGACUUCGUCACCGCGGACGACAACGUCGCGACCUGCGGGUUAAGAUCGAUUGAAGAAUUGGUCGACGAAGUGAAUGAAGUCGAGAGUGAGAGUGAUGAUGAAGAGGCUGACGUGUGUGACCAGCUGCCGUCGACGUCAGAAAGCCUUAACGCCCUCGAUGUUCUACGCCGCACCGUAAGUGCCGGCAACGUGAGCGACGAAACCGCUGCACGAUUUUAUGCCUUUCAGGCCGGUCUCGUCAACGACCUCGAGGGCAAGAAAGUGCAAGCAAACAUAACGGACUUUUUCGGCCGGAAGUAGCUGUGGCCAAUAAAGUUUGUAUUCAUUUUCAUGUUAAGAUUGGCUUGUUUUGGCUCCAUACGAAUUCGGGAUCAUACGAAUAUUUCGCGUGCUCCCGAGGAAUUCGUAUCAUCGAGAUUCUACUGUAUUGGCAACCUUCUGGUUGCCAUUUGCCUAACUGCGUUUGCCUGGAAGCAGCUCCAGGGCGAUAUGAUCAAACGUUGCUUUCAAGCACGCUGGGUUUUUCAAGAAACAAGACAGUUGGAAAAAUGAUCCAAACGACAGUUGCAAUGACAUGUCAGAUGCCAAUUGCGCCCUGGAUGAUGAAGGAGAGUCAUUGUGUGCAUGCAUGAACGACUUCGGCAAUGACGACGACAGCGGGUGCGACCGAUUAAAUUUCGGAAACUAUUUGGGCACUGAACUUGAUGCACAAACGUCUUAUGCAGACUAUGAAGGAGAGAUGUGCGACAGUGGGCCUUCCAACGAAGAUGGAGGGGACAUUUAGCUCGCCAGCACCAGAUUUAGCUCGCCCAAGCACCAGACUCGACCACAAUGGUCGAGUCACUGAACGUUCUCCGCAGUUUUGUUGAGUGCAGUGGUGGAAACAGUGAAAAGCUACGCAUUGUUAGCCAACUGGAUGGAGGACAUGAUGUACUAUGCUGCAAAUUACCAUGCCAAUCAGUGGCGCAUCGAUAACUACCAUAUUUACUUGUGUAAUGAACCCACGUUUUUCAGAAAAGUUAACGUCAAUUUGGGGGGAAGGUUCAUUACACAGAAGAAAAGAGAAAGCUAUGACAGAUUUAUAACAAUUUAAAUUUCAUAUUACGAUGUAGAUAAGAAACUCGCUAUUAAAAACUUACAAGCUUUUUAGUAAAAGCGAGUAUGCAACGUAUGUUCAACCAAUUUUUUUUGUUCGUGU